AAAAAAAAAGAAACCAAACCGGUGUUAAAGGGGGCUUUAGCCCCGCUUCCCCGGACCGGAACUAAAGUGGGCCUUUAGUCCCGAAAGGGCAGCACCGGCUCGGAAACCGGGGCACGAGGCUCUUCCCGACCGAUGCUAAUGCCCAACAUGUAGCGGUGCGGCGCGCGCGGGGUCGCGGCUUGGUCGUGGAUCCGUCCAAGGGCAUGCUGCCCCUGCUGGGGCUGCAAGCGCUGCUCGAGUAUGGCCGCGCGGGCUCUGCCUGCCCGCCCGCUACGGCCGCGCUGCUCGCCGCUAACGUGCUCGUCUUCCUGCGCCCCGGCGCCCUCGACGCGAUCCUGCCGAAGAAAGCCUACGUCGCCUUGAAUCCCAACAUGUUCUUCAAGGUACGCUGUUCGCACCCACCACCUCUGCCGAGCGCAACUACAUGGCAGUUGCCAGGAUUCUGUGUAUAAGUUGGAGUACUUAUGAUGUUUAGCCUUUAUACAUGUACAGUCUUAUAUGUCCUGACGACGCAUUACGUGAACACUCUUAAUUUGCAGUUCAGAGACUGGAAGACGUUUUUCCUGUCACCUUGGUGCCACACGAACGAAGUUCACUUAUUCAGCAACAUGACGACUCUGCUGUGGACGGGCGUAGAGCUUGAAACGUCCAUGGGCACUGCUUGGCCUGUCACAGGGUGUGCCAUACUGCUCUUGUCCAAAGGCUGCUUGUCCCUUGUUGGUAACGGUGCUCCGUACUACGACGAGUUUUGUAUUGGCUUCUCCGGCGUGCUCUUUGGCAUCAAGGCCGUGAGCAUGUCUGCGCAUGCUGCCGAGUCGGGCGAUUUCUUGCAUCUGGCUGGGAUGGUUGUUAUUCCAGCAAAGUAUGCUGUUUGGGCUGAACUGCUCCUCGUUCAAGCUUUGAUGCCCAAUACUUCCUUUGUUGGCCAUCUUGGUGGUAUACUUGCUGGACAUGUCUACCUUUGGCUCAAGGGCCUGUUCAACAGGCCAGAUCCGGGCCCGUUCAACAGGCUAGGCCCGGGCCCGGGCCCAGGCCCGCUCUAUCGUCUGAUCUCGUGUGGUACCAGGGCCAUGGCCUUGUCUGUGAGAUUUGCUCAGAAACUCGUGAGCUCUUCUGUCCAGCCGCUGCCCAAGGGUCACGUUACAGGUCGGCGAAGAGUUGGGUGCUGUGCAUCAGCAGCAAGAGGAUGCCCGAAAGGAUGCUGGAUAUGCUCGAGCUGCAACGAUUAUAACUCGCUUGCCACUGAUAUAUGUGAGAGGUGCAGCACCAUGCGUGAGGACUACUGUGCUUUUUCGUGGGGACAGCAACGGCAUCAUCAACCUUUGUGGAACAGAGAGCUUACAGUUGAGGAGUUACGGCUCAGGAGGGUGCACAGAUUUGAUAUGUGACGAAAAUUACAAUGCUGAAAAGGCUUCUCUGU